AUGCGAUUACAGCUGCUUUUGGCACUUGGCAUCUCAUUGUCUAAACCGGGUGCCUUUGCACAGGGAAACAGCUCUGCGACCGACAUCGAUUCAUUACUCUUCUCCAGCCUCGACGAUCGACCGGGCAACUGUCCACCGUGUUUCAACUGCCAACUUGACGCCUUCCAAUGCGCCCAAUUUGCGGAUUGCGAUAAGAAUUCCGGAAAAUGUAUAUGCCCGCCCGGCUUCACUGGAGAGGACUGCUCGAAACCAGUAUGCGGAGCACUCCCAGAUCCCCAGCGACCGCCCCGGAAAGGCAAAGAUUGUUCCUGUAAGGAUGGCUGGGAAGGAAUCAACUGCAAUGUCUGUAAGACAGAUGAGGUCUGCAAUGCGAUGAUGCCUACCGGCGAAGAUGGUGUAUGCUAUAAAGAAGGUGUGACAGUGAGGCAGAAUUUCCAGAUGUGUGAUGUGACAAACCGGAAGAUCUUGGACCAGCUGAAGGAACGGACACCCCAGGUGACCUUUUCGUGCGAAGCCGAUGACAAGACUUGUAACUUCCAAUUUUGGGUCGGCCAGGUUGAGUCAUUUUACUGUGGUUUGGAUACUUGCGAAUGGGGCCUGGACACCGCUUACAACCAGAACACGACUCAAUAUAAAUGCGAGAAUAUCCAAUGCAAGUGCAUACCGGGUCGUAUGCUUUGUGGCGAAGAGGGUUCUAUCGAUAUUGGAGAAUUCCUUUCCGAGUCAAUCAAGGGCCCGGCCACCUUCUCAACGACGUCCACUAUCGGGGGCAGCGAAGAUGACGGGAGCAAAUUUAAGGAACCCGCAAUGGAUGACUUGAUCAAGUCCGUUUUUGGUGAUAAGAGUAUUACUCUUCAGUGUUCCUCGGGUGAAUGUGUUCAUAAGACCGAAGUGCCGGGAUACCAACGUCCAGUCAAAAAGAUCAACACCCCUCUUAUUGCAGGUGUUAUUGCUGGAUGUGCCUUAUUUGUUGUUGCUGUCAUUCUAGGUCUUUGGUAUAUGUCUCGACGGUCUCGAUAUGCCCCCGUUCACCUGUCUCUUUCGGAUGAUUCUGACGACGAAGCGUCAAAGCUUCUCGCUGAGCAUCGCCCCGCUGCUCUCUACUGGGAUAAUGUCUCUUACUUUGUAAAUGGAAAGGAGAUCCUUAGCGGAAUCCAGGGUGCCGCGCAGCCUGGGCAGAUCAGUGCUAUUAUGGGUGCUUCGGGUGCGGGGAAAACCACUUUCCUCGACCUUCUGGCCAGAAAGAACAAGCGCGGCAUUGUCCAGGGAGACUUCUACGUCAAUGGGGAGAAGGUGGGUGACUCUGAUUUCAAGAGCAUGAUCGGCUUCGUGGACCAGGAAGACACCAUGCUACCCACCUUAACCGUGCACGAGACUAUCUUGACGAGCGCAUUGUUGCGCCUGCCCCGAGACAUGAGCCGAGCUACUAAGGAACAACGGGUGGUUGAAGUCGAAAAACAACUCGGAAUAUACCACAUCAAGGACCAGUUGAUCGGCUCUGAAGAAGGUUCGGGAAGAGGCAUUUCUGGUGGAGAGAAGCGGCGAGUGGGAAUUGCUUGCGAAUUGGUCACCAGUCCUAGCAUCCUGUUUCUGGAUGAACCUACCAGUGGAUUGGACGCAUUCAAUGCAUUCAACGUGGUUGAAUGCCUGGUGACACUGGCAAAAACUUACAACCGCACCGUUAUUUUUACCAUUCAUCAACCGCGUUCCAACAUUGUGGCUCUUUUCGAUCGACUAAUUCUGCUAGCCAACGGCAAAACUGUCUACUCCGGACCAUUCGCAACAUGCCAGCAAUACUUUGACAACGCAGGCUACUCAUGUCCACCGGGAUUCAACAUCGCCGAUUAUUUAGUCGACCUGACAAUGCAUGCUGGCAAUACCACUCACUUCCACAGCGACGAAGAGGAAAACACGUUAUUGGCUGUGCGCUCUGACCCGCUCAUGACCGCAUCGAGUAGUUUGCGAGCGGUCAAGUCCGUUGCAAGCGCCUCAAAUGCGAGUAUGGAGGAUACCUCUGGCGCAAGCUUUGAUUAUGGUAGACGGCCCAAGGGCAAGCGACGGACGUCUCUUAAACAACGGCAAGACCGCCAGCUUUACUCCCGACGAAAAGAUCCCGAGGCGCCGCCCACCCCUCGAACUGACGAGGAGGAUGCAACUGUGGGAGAGGCAGCAGGAAGCGAUCGAAAUCAGCAAUGGUUGCGACUGUCCCGCCAACAGGGUCAGACGCCACCCCAAGUUCUUGACGACCCAGACAAUCUGCCUCCAGCCGCUCCAGGUCAGACAGACUUGGAUUUGAUGGUUACUCACUACGCUGAAUCCGACGUUGCGCGGUCCGUGCGCGAAGAGAUCACUUCGGCUAUUCAGCAUGUCCAUACUGCAAAUGGGUCUAUUAAUUCGGAAAUCUCGUCUGAAUCUGCCACUCAUCGUGCAAAGAGUUAUGCCCGCGUGAGCCUAGGACGCCAGUUCAUCAUCUUAUCGCAACGGACAUGGAAAAAUCUUUACCGAAACCCCAUGUUGAUGCUCACACAUUACGCCAUUGCGAUCUUGCUCGCUGUCCUUUGCGGUUACCUCUUCUAUGGUCUCACGGAUGACAUCAAGGGUUUCCAAAAUCGACUGGGUCUUUUCUUCUUCGUACUAGCCUUGUUCGGGUUCAGUACAUUGACCAGCCUGACUGUAUUCUCGUCAGAGCGUCUUCUGUUCGUACGAGAGCGCGCCAACGGCUACUACCACCCCAUCACCUACUAUGCGGCGAAGGUAGUCUUCGAUAUUGUCCCGCUCAGGCUCAUUCCCCCGAUCCUCAUGGGAGUGAUUGUGUACCCGAUGACCGGAUUAAUCCCCGCAUCGGGUGUGUUCUUCAAAUUCAUACUGGUCUUGGUUCUCUUCAACCUUGCCGCUGCUACCAUCUGCUUAUUUAUCGGAAUUGUCUUCCGCGAUGGCGGGGUGGCCAAUCUCAUUGGCAGCUUGGUCAUGCUAUUCAGUCUGUUGUUUGCCGGACUGUUACUUAACCACGACGCGAUACCACCAUCUGCGAUGUGGUUACAAUCGCUAUCCAUAUUCCACUAUGGGUUUGAAGCAUUGAUUGUUAACGAGGUUACGUUCCUAACACUGAUCGACCACAAAUAUGGACUCGAUAUCGAGGUUCCAGGGGCUUCUAUUCUUAGUGCCUUUGGAUUCGAUACACUCGCAUUCUGGAAGGACGUGAUUGGACUGGCUGUUUUCUCUGGGGCCUUCCUUGUGAUUGCAUACGUAGCGAUGCAUUUCCUGCUCGUUGAACGGCGAUAA